GACUCGUCGACAACCGCCGGAGCUCAAGACCUUGCGCAUCCUGAGUUGGAACAGUGGAGGCCUACAUGCACAAGUAUUCCGUGAACUUGAGACAUACUCCAAGGAUGCCAUGUUGGACAUAGUCUGCAUUCAGGAAACACGCUGGAACUACGAUGCAAACUGGACAGGGCCAGAUUUCCAUUUUGUGCAUUCUGCAGGCAAAUCCAAAGAAGACGUCCAUGGCGGUGUGCUCAUUAUGAUCUCCAAGAAGGUCGCAGCCACAGCCGAGCUUCAGUUCAAUAUCGUCCAUCCCGGACGUUUGCUACAUGUUCGUAUCAACAAGGCGUGCUCCAUAGAUGUUCUUAAUCUGUAUCAGUACACGGCCAAUGACAACAAACUGACUCCAGAGCGCAGGCAAAAGUUCCUGAAGAAGCUCCACUCCACCCUCCGCGGCAUCCCCUCCAGGCACUCAGUCCUCAUAGCAGGGGAUGUGAACUCUACAUGUACAACACAGGAUAAUGUAUGCGGCAAGUGGGUUCUACCUUCACCAGCUCGACAGCAGGACAAUGAGGACUUGAUGGCCAUACUCUCCACAUAUGCAUUGACAGCACUGAAUACCUGGCACAGGCCUACGCAUGGACAGCUCGCGACUUUCACCUUUGGCGAGUCGGCCUCCCAAAUCGACUACAUCUUUUGCAGGCAAUGUCAUGCUAGGAAUCGUGCCAAACAUGCUGAGGUGCUACCACAGUUCCCUGUGGCAUGCUGGAGAGACGGGGCAAAGCAUCAUCCGGUGCUCGCCCAGAUCUCAGUCCCAUUCAACAAAUGGCAACCCCCUCCUACCAAGCCUAAAGUUGAUGUCAACGACCUCAUCUCUGACCUGAGGGCACCUCAAGAGGCACCACGACUACAAGCCCUGCGACAGGAGGUGCGACAGGGAAUCCACGCACAACAGUGGCCGGAUAUGGAUGCCCUGGAGGAAGGGAUCCUGAACAUUGCCAGCCAGCACUACCCCCAAGCACGACGACCGGAUGUCAACACCGAGGCCACCCAACAGCUGGCCAACAGCGCUAGACACAUGUGGGCUCUCUUUCGUGACAUGCGCUCUCAAGCAUUCACCGCAGCAGGAGUCUUCAAUGCGUGGCGACAAUGGGCGCGGUUCACACAGGCUCACAAGGUGCACAAAAGCCGAUCUCGAGCCAAAAGCAAAGCAUGGCGACAGGAUUUGCUACUGCAAGCGCAGCAGGCUGCUAACAGCGGCAACAUGCACCAGGUCUGGACGGUGGUUAAAGCCCUGGCACCCAAAACCAAGCGCAAGACCCUGCAAUUGUACAGGAAUGGACACAUUAUGGCACCCGAGGCAGAAUUAAACUGGAUUAUCUCUGAGUUUGGAGAUAGAUAUGGGGCGAGACAAGCACCCCAGGCAGCAGGCAAGCCCAGAGAACAACAUCCGGUCCAGAUCUCAGCCAGCGCCUUGCAAUUUGAACUCGAUCACCUACCAGUUCGCAAGGCGGUACCUUCCGAUGCAGCUCCUUCGGCUGUGUGGAAAGCAUGCUCCUUGGAGGUGGCUGACUUUAUCACAAGCCAGAUAAAUCAACGAUGGCGACAGGAAACGCUUGCUGUACCGCAACGAUGGGCUGACGCCUCAGUUGCAUUGCUGCCCAAGCCGAAGAAUAAGAAUGAUGCACCUUUGGAUUGGAGGCCAAUUGGCCUUCAGCAUCCGGUUGGAAAAAGUAUCAUGCGACUGGUUAUCGCGAAGGCAAAGGACCACAUUCAUCAACUGGUCCAGGAAUGGCCCCAAUGUGCAUAUGUCCCACACAGGAGCACAACUACGGCCCUCAAACGGGUCUAUCGGCACUGCUCUUCUGUCCGGGCCGCCAGUUCUCAGCAUCGCUUAAACAUCCACCAAAAGAAAGAACAACUGGAGGAGAUCCCGAACUCAGGGGGACUACAAGUCUCCAUGGACUUGUCAGCGGCGUUCGACCUUGCACCCUGGAGUGCCAUCAAGGAGGCGAUGGAGCUAGCACAAGUGGAACCAUCAAUUCAAGAGCUUCUAUUGCAGUGGCUCGGGCAGGUCAGAUACCGAUUUCAACACCGGGGACUGGAGAAAGAGAUUUGGCCCUCUUGGGGCCUCCGACAAGGCUGCAUCGGCAGCCCAGUCCUGUGGGCAGCCUUCACUGCGUUGCUCAGCCGAGCCAUCGAUGCGAAAAUACAGGCGACCCGCCCAACCCUCCGAAUCGGAAGCUCACAAGACAAGUGGUGCGCUGAGCAUGCCACAUUGUAUGCUGACGACUCACACCUGCAAUGGGAGUUUCGUUCCUAUGAACAAUUCGAACGAUCCAUAGCCGAGCUUAGGAUGGUGUUUGCCGUGUUCAGGCGGAUGGGCAUGAAGGUCAACAACAGCAAGACACAGGCGAUCAUGAGCCUCACCGGGCCCAUGAAGCACAAAAUCCAGGCCAAAUAUGUUCGCAAGCCAGGCAAUGAACGACACCUUCUGUUAUCAGCAGGUGACCCUACGACAUGGAUCAUGCUGGUGGACAAAGCGGAGUACUUAGGCAUGAUCAUCUCAUAUGAUAGCUUUGAGUCGCAAGCAGUACAGCACAGACUUUCCAAGGCUCACCAACGACGAUGGGCUAUGGCAUCCAUACUGCAUACCAGGCACAUGUCGGUCGCCUACAAGCUUAACCUAUGGAAAAGCUGCGUGUUGUCCACCAUGAUGUACGCCAUGCAUUGUCUCUGUCUCAGAUCCAGCCACGUCCGGAUGCUGCAAAAGGCGAUCAUGAAGCAUGUCAGGGCCAUUGUCUCAGAUCAGGCUUUUCUUACUGGAACUACACAUGAGGACAUCAUGAUGCAGUACAAGAUUGAGUCAGCCCUGCAGCUCCUGAACAAAGCCCAUGGUCGGGAACUUGGUAAUCAGAAUCCGGAUGAUUGGAUGCUGGCACCGGACUGGGAUGAGGCCAUCUCCACCUCGCUAAACUUAGCGGCCGCGGAUGACGGGCCGAGUUCUGAUGCUGAACAAGAGAUUUGGGCAUGUCCAGUAUGUGAUGAGCAGUUUGUUAAUCCUGCCGCUUUGAAGAUACAUGCCAGAAGAAAACAUCACAUUACUGAGCAGGCCGUUGAUGUCUUUGAUAAGCAAAUGUACCAGGAAGACGAGGAGAUGGAUGCGUUCUUCGGGUCAGUCCACGAGAGGGGAGGACUUCAUCCUCUGGGCACGGAGAACUUGAGGAGUCCACCGAGCCCGUUCUCAACCCUAGUUCAAGCCCCAAACAAGAGACCUCGGCAUCCCAACGAAGAUCAGCGACAGCCACCUCGCUACACUCCGUUCCACUCACAGCGCCACCCGGACAGAGAUCCCUUGGUGUUUUCUUUGGCAAAGCAGGUGCUAAAGCAACAGGAAGAACUUCGAAUUCUUCGUCAGGACACGGCGUUCGUGCUCUUCCUGAAGCCAGGUCAAGACUCGAUCAUGCACCACCUCUUUCAGGCUGCAACGGCGUUUCGGGCCAAGCAGGAGGCGGAGCCACAGUGGCAAAUGGGGCAAAUGCCGCUGCGUAUGGUGUUGGCCAUUGCUCUUUUCAGGGAGAUUACGGAUCGCCUCAACGGCACACUCGCGAGCCAGGAGAAACUGAAGAGGGUGACAGACCAGGGCUGGCGGGACGACAAGGGCUGGCGGUUUCAGGUUUGGAACAAAACCUUAAAGCAUCUGGAGGUGGACAAAACCCGAGCACCCAUCCCGGACGACAAGAUUUUGGACCACCUUGCCACAAUCCUCCAGUGCCUUCGCCACCCCAUUGUGACCAGGUUCUGUUGCACCAGGAAGGUGACCGAGACGAUGAGCUCCGCUGCCACGUACAAGAUGGAUCUUUCGUUGAGGAGUCACAGUGCAGUAACCAUGUGGGAUACCAUCAAGAUGCUUCAGGGCAAUGCGGUGUUUCAACUGGUGGGAAUGGCCUACAAGACCGACAGUCUCGCCAGAAGCCCAGCAGAACAGCGGAUUAUGGACAUGCUUUAUGGCCGCCGGGGCUGA